AUGGCACAGCUGGCGCGGCUGGCACCGAUGGCACGGUUGGCACAGCUGCUGGUGGUGCUGGCGAUGCUGGGAGCCUCGUACGCUGCCAGGGUGGCAGAGCCGCUGGAGAACGAGUCGGAGCCGGGCAAGGCUGGCACAGGGGGGAAGCCCUGGAAAGCCACACUUGACCUGGAGGAGCUGGACCUGGGCACGGCAGGCAAAGGCGCCGCCUGGACCUCGUGGUUCAACAUCGACCACCCGGGCGGUGACGGUGACCACGAGAGCCUGGCGGCCAUCAGGUUCUACUACGGGGACCGCGUGUGCGCCCGGCCCGUGGCCAUCCAGGCGCGCAGCACCGAGUGGCACCUGCCCGAGGCCCUGGGACAGGUGGUCCAUGCCAGCCCCGAGCGCGGCUUCCGCUGCCUGCACCGCGAGCAGCCGGCUGGCACGGCCUGUGCCAACUACCACGUGCGCUUCCUGUGCCCGCUGGAUCACGUGUACUGGUCGCACUGGUCGCCCUGGAGCCCCUGCUCGCGCAGCGCCUGCGGCGCCCGGGGCACGCAGAGCCGCUCCCGGCGCUGCGGCAGCGCGCGCAGCCCGGCCCCGCUCCGGGAGCUCCGGUGCCGCGGCAAAGCCACCGAGCGGCGGCCCUGCAGCGCCGGGCCCUGCCCAGAGCCCACCUGGACGGAAUGGGGCGCUUGGGGUCCGUGUUCCCGCAGCUGCGGCCGCUCGGGGACGCGCGUCCGGCGCCGGAGCUGCCGCACGGCCAAGAACCCGCCGUGUCCCGGCCGUGUCACCGAGGUGCAGAAAUGCCGCCCGCCCCCGUGCCCAGGUAACGCCACCGGUGCCCCCUCGGCGGUGCCCCCGCUGCCCACGGACUCGGAGUCGGAGCCUCCCGCGGGCUGCCCCGGGCACACGCUGAGGGGCACGGUGGAGACAGCGGCCGGGGUGGCGCUGCCGGGUGCCCGCGUGUACCUGGAGGGCCGCCCGCCCGUGCUGCUGGCCCGCAGCGAUGCCCGCGGGCGCUUCUCGGCCUCGGGGCUGUGCCCGGGCCCCGCCGCCAACAUCAGCGCCCACCGCGACGGCUUCGCCCCGGGGCUGGCACCCAUCGCCGUCACCAACGGCUCGGGCGUGGCCGAGGCGCACCUGAGGCUGCACCGGCUCGAGAAGCCCCACAUGGUGCUGCAGCCCGCGGCCAGGGUGCGGGAGGCCGGGCAAGACGUGACCUUCUGCUGCAAAGCCUCGGGCACCCCCGCGCCCCAGAAAUAUUACUGGUACCACAACGGGACGCUGCUGGAGGGGACGGCGGAGCGCAGCAGCGGCCGCCUGGCGCUGCGGGGGCUGGCACCGGAGCAGGCUGGCACCUACCACUGCAAAGCCAGCUCCGAGGCGGGCGCCAUCCGCUCGGCGCCCGCGCAGCUCACCGUGCUGGCCCCGGGCCAGCAGAGCUGCAGGGCGGAGCCGGAGCCCAGCCUGGUGGAGCUGCCCAGCGAGUGCCCGCAGGACGCCAGCGGCUCCCGCUACUACAACGUGGGGCGCUGCCCGGCCUCGCCGUGCCCGGGCGGCCCCGCCGAGACCUCGGGCUGCGGGGGGGAGUCGGGGCUGUGCUGCGGCGUGCGCAGGAUGGAGCUGCGGCAGGUGCCGUGCGCCGGCUCCGUGCUGCCCCUCAAGGUGGUGGCCGAGUGCGGCUGCGGGCCCUGCGCGCAGCCCCGGCUGCUGGUGCAGGGCCGGGUGACGGCGGCCGACACCGGGGAGCCGCUGCGCUUCGGCCACAUCUUCCUGGGGGGCAGGAAGGUGGGCUUCACCGGCUACCAGGGCUCCUUCACCAUCGAGGUGCCGCCCGACACGCAGCGCCUCGUCACUCGCUUCGUGGACGGCCAGCAGCGCUUGGUGGACGCCGUCAAGGUGCUGCCCUUCGACCCGCGGGGAGGAGCCGUGUACCACGAGGUGAAGAUGCUGCGCAAGAAGGAGCCGGUGGAGCUGGACGGAGGGCGGAACAACGCCAUCCCCCUGGGCGAGGCCGGCGGCCGGGAGCCCGUCGGGGAGCUGGUGCUGCCGGCCGGAGCCUUCCUGCGCCCGUCCGGGGAGGUUUUCAACGGCACCGUCAAGGCCAGCGUCACCUUCGUGGACCCCAGGGACGUGGGCACGGCCAGCGCCGCCUCCAGCGACCUGAGCUUCGCCAACGCCGAGGGCGAGAUCGUGCCCCUGCGCACCUACGGCAUGUUCGCCGUGGAGUUCCGCGAGGGCGAGAGCGGCGCGGCGCUGCAGGCCGGGCCCGUGCAGGUGAGGAUGGACGCGGGGCAGGUGUGGAUGGCCGAGCACCUGCAGAAGAUGAAGCUGUGGUCCUUGAACCCCGAGAGCGGCCUGUGGGAGGAGGAGGCGGAGCUGCGGCCGGCCGGGGGCGGGCGGAGGAGGAGGAGGGAGGAGAGGACGUUCCUGGUGGGCAACCUGGAGAUCCGCGAGCGGCGCCUCUUCAACCUGGACGUGCCCGAGGAUCGCCGCUGCUUCGUCAAGGUCAGGGCCUACAGCAACGAGAAGUUCAACCCCUACGAGCAGCUGGAAGGGGUGGUGGUGAGCCUCAUCAACCUGGAGCCGCAGCCCGGCUUCCCCAGCAACCCGCGGGCCUGGGGCCGCUUCGACAGCGCCGUCACCGGCCCCAACGGCGCCUGCCUGCCCGCCUUCUGCGACGCCCGGCGCCCCGACGCCUACGCGGCCCUGGUGACGGCCACGCUGGGCGGGGAGGAGCUGGAAGCCGUGGCCUCCAGCCCCAAGCUGAACCCCAACGCCGUGGGGGUGGCGCAGCCCUACCUGAACAAGCUGGGCUACCGCCGCUCGGACCACGAGGACCCGGCGCUCAAGAAGACGGCGUUCCAGAUCAACGUAGCCAAACCCGACCCCAACAACGUGGACGAGAACAACGGCCCCGUGUACUCCUACCGGAGCCUGCGGGAGUGCGAGGAGGCGCCGGUCAGCGCCAACCACCUGCGCUUCUACCGCGUGGAGGUGGACAAGUACGAGUACAACGUGGUGCCCUUCAAGGAGAGCGACGUCACCUCCUGGACCGGCGACUACCUGGCGUGGUGGCCCAACCCGCAGGAGUUUCGGGCGUGCUACAUCAAGGUGCAGCUGCGGGGGCCGCAGGAGUACAUGGUGAGGUCCAGGAACGUCGGGGGCAGCCACCCCCGCACGCGGGGCCAGCUCUACGGGCUGCGGGACAGCCGGAGCGUGCGGGACCCGCUGCUGGACGACACCUCGGGCGCCUGCGUGGAGUUCAAGUGCGGCGGGAUGCUCUUCGACCAGAGCCUGGCCGACAGGACCCUGGUGUCCGUCGUGCCGCAGGGCAGCUGCCGCCGCACGGCCAUCAACGGGCUCCUGCGGGACUACCUGAGCCGCCACCCGCCGCUGGCCGACAACAACCACACCGGGGCCUUCUCCAUGCUGGCCCCGCUGGACCCGCUGGGCCACAACUACGGCAUCUACACCGUCACGGACCAGAACCCGCGGCUGGCCAAGGAGAUCGCCAUCGGCCGCUGCUUCGCGGGCACCUCGGACGGCUUCUCGAGGGAGAUGCGGGCGGGCGAGGGCACGGCCGUCACCUUCGAGUGCCAGGAGCGGCCGGCGGGCCGGGAGAGCCUCUUCCAGCGGCUGCUGAGCUCCCCGGCCGAGGCGCUGGCCGACAUCCGCAGGGAGAUGGGGAGCUCCGAGCUGCGCCGCGCUCCCCCCGAGGUGAUGGACUUCGCCUCCGGAGCCCCCUCCGGGCCCGCGGGCACCCGCCGGACCCCCGGCAGCCAGCGGAGAGCGGGCCGGCCGCGGGGACAGCCCUGAGGCCCCUCCGUGUCCCCUCCCCGGCUCCGCUUUGUCGCCCCCUUUCCCCGUCGCUUUUGGCCGCGCUCAUUUAUAA